CCCCGAGUUACUCCCGACGUUGUCCGGACACAUGCCGCACCAGCCCGUGAGGCUAGCUAUUCACCCUCACCUCGGCCGUGAUACACACUACCAUGGCGAACCAGCUACAGUACCGCAAGACAGUUACACAGUCGUCACUGCACGCCAGACCCGGUGCAAUGCAUGCUGCCGAUAUGGUGCAUUUGCGCCAUUUGAACCGCAGCAUACCGUUGUUCUACAUGCUCUUUAGUGAUACACCAAGUCGGCGUGACGAGGAUGACGGCGAUGCUGCGAGCGGCAUAGAUCUUGGGAGUCCUGCACAGGCGGAGGCGGAGGUGAUGGAGUUAGUGAUGCUUCAAGCGGCGUGGGAGCGUGAGGAGCUGCUGCGCGUGCGUCCUGUGGACCAUGCUCCGGUGAUGCGUCUGUCGCGGACGAUCGACUCCGGUGAUGAUACUGAGCUAACCCCUGAAAGAAAGAGAAAGAGGGCGGGAAAGCCGGCGUACUGCUUCUUCCUGGACGUGAAAAAGGCAUACGACACCGUCUGGAAAAAUGGGCUGUGGAAACAACUGUCCAAAUACGGGAUCAAGGGGAAAAUGUGGAGAGUGCCGAAGAAGAUGACAGAGUGUACGACAAGCGCUGUCAUGCUAGACGGAGAAAUGUCUAAAUUCUUCGACAUUGAGCAGGGGGUCCCACAAGGUUGCACGCUGUCCCCAACAUCGUUCCAGGUGUUCAUCAACGAUCUGUUGGAAGUCGUAGAUAGAUGCAGUCCGGAAGGGAUGGNGGUAUGCAACGAGAACAAGGAGGAACCAGUAGAACAUAGAUGGAAGUGGGGGAUCGAGGAGAUUGCAGUAGUGGACCAGUACACAUACCUCGGAGUAGAGAUCGCAAAAGACUGCUCGUGGAAUGCACACAUGUCCAAGGUAGCGGAAAAGGGCAAAGCACGAGCAGGGAAGCUGCACCCAAUACUUGCAAACCGGCACCUCCAUACGNCAGAAGAGUGCCGUCAUGGUCUAGAAGUGUACGGAAUGUUGAAGGAAGGAAUAGUGUUCAAGGACUACCCACAUGGACCGAUGGAUGCAGGAACAAAGCUUAAGGUCAAAUUCAGGACCUGGGACUUGGGCCUUCGAGAACGUCGACGAAGACAUAGGACGGUAGACGAGGAAGACGACGAGUUCAAAUGUGAUUGCGGCUUCGAAUGCGAAGACCGUGUUCAUGUAGUCGCGGAAUGUCCGUUGUACAAGAAGGAGAGGGAAGUGUACGUGACUGAGCUGGGAAAAAUAGAUGGAACGUACAGGGAGAUGUUUGAGGCAUGGAAUAGUGAGGAAAGGACGGUAGCUGAUCUGGGGCAUAGGAGGUGGGUUGAAAUGGCGGGAAGGAAUAUCGUUAGGAUUGACAGACUAGGGAAGACAUUUUUGAGCCACCUUUGGCAAAGUAGAAAGAUUAGCCAUCGGUGA